AUGAAAACUGAAAACAGAGUGGAGACCGAAAGUACAAGAGAAUUUGUAAUCACGACAUGGAAAAAUGGCUUUGUAGAAGUAUCUGCGAAGGACGACCUCAACGUCACUAAAAUAUUUAAGGAACUUCUUAUCCAAGCGAAGUUGAAAUACGAUUUGAGUCCGGCAUUGCAACGUCGCCGUCGACAAUCUUUGCCGCCUCCGCAACAUUCAAACUCGCGCAGCAGCAGUAGUACCCACGUGCCGUCCACGACUCAGUUACAACAUUUGCAACAAGUUCGUGAGCGUUCCGAUUCCAAAAGAAAUUCCUGUAUCCUAUCGUAAGAUGAGAACCCUUUGAUAUUGUCGCGAAAUAUCUUUCUUGACGAUUUGAUACCGAAUUAGUUCAAUCUCGUGCAAUUAUUCAAUUAU